GAUGUGCGGCCGCACCGUGUGCUCGCUGGGCGCCGACCGCCUGCGCCGAGCCUGCGCCUACCGCGACGCCCGCGGCCGCCGGCGGCGGCCCCAGUGGGUCGACGCCGACCGCUACCAGCCGUCCUACAACCGCGGCCCGCAGAGCCGCGGCCCCGUUCUGCUCUCCCGCAGGCACCUGGAGGAGGGCGCUGACUCCUCCGAGCGGGUCCUCAUGACCAUGCGGUGGGGCCUGGUUCCCUCCUGGUUCAAAAAGGACGACCCCUCCAAAAUGCCGUUUAACACCUCCAACUGCCGCAGUGAUACCAUGCUGAAGAAAUCCUCCUACAAGGGUCCUCUCCUCAAGGGCAAGCGCUGUGUGGUCCUGGCAGAUGGCUUCUACGAGUGGCAGCAGCACGAGGGCGGGAAGCAGCCGUACUUCAUUUACUUCCCCCAGACGACGAACGAGACGGCUGAGAGGGCGGAGGGAGAUGAGGAGUGGAAGGGCUGGCGGUUGCUCACCAUGGCUGGGAUUUUCGACUGCUGGGAGCCCCCGGCGGGCGGGGACACGCUCUACACUUACACCAUCAUCACCGUGGACGCCUCCAAGGACGUGAGCUUCAUUCAUCACAGGAUGCCGGCCAUCCUGGACGGGGAAGAAGCCAUCAGGAAGUGGCUGGACUUCGCUGAAGUGCCAACCCAGGAAGCAGUUAAACUCAUCCAGCCCACGGAGAACAUAGUUUUCCACCCGGUAUCCACCAUUGUGAACAGCGUGCGCAACGACACACCGGAGUGUAUGGCACCCGUUGAGCUGGGAGCCAAGAAGGUCAAAGAUACUGCAAGCAGCAAAGUAAUGUUGGGCUGGUUAAAAAGCUCCCAGGAGAGCUCUCCCAAGAAGGAAGAAAAUGGGUUGCCCAGGUGGACGAGUCAGUUCAUCCAUAGCCCUUCGCCCAAGAAAACCAGCGCAGGCGUCCUGCAGCAGUGGCUGGGGAAGGAGGGAGAGCCGUCUGCAAAGAAACUCAAGGCUUAGGCACCACGUGGGAUGGCUGGCCGUCUGCUGCUCUCCUGGCCUCAGCAGAACGAGGAUCGUUUUUUAGGGGGCUUUGCAGAGUGAUGUUGAGGUUCUCUAAGCCUCUAAGGUUCUUCGAUCUGACACCGUGUGUUGUUAUCUCUAUUUUUAGUGUUUUCUUAGAGGUUAGUGUUUGUCUUUUAAAGAUUUUGGCUUUGUCUUGUGCUGGUGGGAGUGGAUACAACACACUGGCCUCGCUCCCUGCUGCUCUGCUCACGCCAGGAUAAGAUAAAACCUUCAGAAGCACCUCAGCCUGCAGAGGGAGGAGCAGCUUCUGAUGGUAUUUCACAGUCCACAUCUCUGUUUUAUUUCUUUUGUUGUCGUUUUUUUUUCUGUCAACCUGAUGCUUCUUUUCCAUUGAAUUCCUUUCUGAUUCUGUGUGAACGCCUUUCUAAUACUCCAGCUCCUAAGCAACUUCUGCAGGUUAGAGGAACACGCAGUAACUGCUAGGAAGAAACCCCAGGCCAGGAAGCUCUGCCAUGCUGCUUUGCUCCGAUGUCGUGGCAUGCUCUCAGGGGUCCAGAAGAUCUCUUUGAACAGGGAAAUCUCAAGGCCGUGCAUGUGCAGGAAGAGGAACAAUUUGCUAGCAGGUGCCACCAGAGUUUCCUCAUUUAGAGAAGAUGGGGUGUACAUGGGGCUGGAGAAGUAAGCGGUCCAUGUGAGCUCUGCUCUGAACUGCUCUCAUCCAGGCUGCUUAUUGCCUCAUCUUUCUAUCGCUGUUUCUCAAUGAGAGUUAUGCUCAUCUCUCCCGGCUCCUCAGGUCCCUGCUGCAGCUACAGCGUGGUGCCAGCCGGGAGCCCGUGUCUAACCCUGCCCUUACGGGGCUCGUGGGACAGUGCGCUCUCUCCUCCGCACGCCUGCUGCAAUGGCAUGUGUGUUUGAGCCAAAAAAUGUUGACUGCUUUUUCUCCCAUAGUUCCUCCCUGUGCAGUUCCUCUGAGGCAAAAUCCAAGCCCCAGGCACUGGCCUGACCCUGGGGAAUGGGUUAAAAACUCUCUGGAGUAGCUGGACCUUGCUUGGGUUUCCCUGUGGGCAGCAGGGUGGGAGAACUUGUCUUGGCCACAUUGCACAAUCAUUUUGUUAAUAGGAUUUGAGGACUUAGAGAGGAUUUUCUUGAUCCGUAGAGGGAUGCAUCCUGCCCUGUUCAGAGAGGUCAUUCGUUAAAACCCACGUAACCAAAGUGCCAUUAAAGAACAGUCUAGGGGGGCUGAUUUGGGAGUCAGGGAUUCUGCAAGCAGAACCAGAUGCUAUGGACCAAAAGCCUUACACGUUGGGAUGGACCCUUGCUGGAAAACAGAGUUUAAUUUGUAUUUGAAAGAAUAAAACGGGAUUAUCUGGUUGAUUG